UCACUUUUACAGACUUUCAGUGUGACAAGCAUGGGAAGAAUCUUACAACUGGUCCAGGGCAAGGCUCUGCUCUUUAUCUUUGUUCUUGGACUUGGAGGUUCAUUCCAGUUUGGAAGCCACCUCACCCUGAUUAGCUCUCCAACCAUCUUCAUUAAGGAGUUUAUAAACAGCAGCUGGACACAGCGGUAUGGUGGCGCUCCAGGAGAGAGUACAGCCAGAAUGAUUUGGUCUGCUGUAGUGGCCUCUUAUGCUUUAGGUGGUCUUUUUGGUGCCAUUAGUGUCCGGUGGGUCACCAACUACCUGGGGAGAAAACGAGCUAUGAUCUGGAAUAACGCGCUCAACAUUGUAGCUUCAGUCACCAUGUGCACAAGCAAAUUUGCAAACUCAUUUGAGAUGAUCAUGCUGUCUCGCUUCCUGUUUGGUUUUUCUUCAGGGUUAGGUGGAAAUAUCCAUGUUUUCUACCUGGGAGAGAGCUCACCCAAGGAAAUAAGAGGGAUGGUAACACUUACUGUUGCUACUUUUUUGGCCAUUGGAAAGCUGACAGCGCAGAUUGCAGGCCUCAGUGAGCUCCUGGGCCGGGAGGAGUUCUGGAAUGUUCUGCUCUGUGUUCCAGCGUUUUUCUCCGUGAUUCAGAUGGCAACGCUGCCUUUCUUCCCUGAAGCACCAAGAUACUUACUGAUAGAGAAGGGUGACACUGAACAGUGUAGGAAGGCGCUGCAGUUUCUCUGGGGUCCGGGGGAGUAUCAGAAGGAGAUUGAGGAGAUGUUGGUGGAGCAGGAGGCUCUGAGAGGACAGCGCAAUAAAACCCUGCGGCAUCUUCUGAAGGACAGGAGUGUACGAUGGCAGCUCCUCACUCUGGUUGUUGUCAAUGAAGGAAUCCAGUUCUGUGGCAUCUUUGGGAUCAGCGUGUUUUCAUUCAGCAUCUUCCAGGAAGCAGGAAUUCCUGUGGACAAGAUCCGUUAUGUCACCCUGGGGGUGGGAAUGUCCGAAAUUCUCACCAACAUCACAUGUGGUCUGUUGAUAGACCGUGUGGGCAGGAGAGUGAUGCUUUGGGCAGGUUAUGGUGCCAUGGCAAUCAUUAUGACUUUGAUCACCAUCACCCUUCAACUAAAGGACUCCUCUUUCUGGAUUCCAUACACCACCGCUGGGCUUAUAUUUCUCUUUAUACUUUUUUACGGAGGAGGACCAGCUGCUGUGCGACCGUCGCUCACGCAUGAGAUAUUUGUCCAGACGUAUCGACCUGCUGCACUGGCCUUCAGUGGAAUGCUCCUUUGGGCAAACUUGUUUAUAUUUGGAUUCCUUUUCCCUUUCCUUCUAGCUGGGCUGAAGUCCUUCACCUUCCUCUUCUUCUCGUGUGUGUGUUUGGCUGCAUCUCUCUAUUUCUUCUUCAUCCUGCCUGAAACCAAAGGCAAAACUCCACUGGAGAUCUCAGAGGACUUUAGGAACAUCCGAGUGUGCAACUUUCUGGCUGAUGCCAAGCCUGAAGACAACUCGCUGAGAACAACAGGUUACAAAACAGUAGAGACGUGAAAUUGUCUGUGUGCGUCUAACCAUGCAUUUUCAAAUUCAAGUUUAUUGAAAAGCCUCCAAGUGAAAAAUUAAUCUUCAGUCUAAAGGCUGGGUUCAGUUCAAGUCCCAACACCCUGCAGGGUUCAGUGGACUUGUUCCUAACUUCAGCUGGCUCCGCAGGUCAUCUUACCUUUCAUGACUCAAAUUAGGAACGGCAGUGGAUAUCCAAACCUGCCGCUGUGAAAGGCUGAACCCGUCUCCACUAAUGAAACUUUUGUUAGUCAAGUCUUUGCAGAAAGUUAUACUAAAAUAGGCUUAGUAGCAGUGAUUUAGACAAUUAUUAAGAACCUGAGUGCCUUUAUGUUUACUCUUAAGGGAUGGUUCAUGAAAAUGCAUUUAUCUGAUUGUAAUGCAUCGGGUUGGUCCGUAUUGUCU